CGACCCCAAUGGGUGAUGAAAAGGACUCCUGGAAAGUGAAGACGUUAGAUGAGAUUCUGCAGGAGAAGAAGCGCCGCAAGGAGCAGGAGGAGAAGGCCGAGGUCAAGCGCCUGAAGAACGCCGAUGACCGGGACUCCAAGCGGGAUUCCCUGGAGGAGGGGGAGCUGAGGGAGCACCGCAUGGAGAUCACCAUCCGGAACUCGCCCUACCGGCGCGAGGACUCCACGGAGGACCGAGGAGAGGAAGAUGAUUCUUUGGCUAUCAAACCACCCCAGCAAAUGUCUCGAAAAGAAAAGGCUCAUCACAGGAAAGAUGAAAAGAGAAAAGAGAAACGUAGGCAUCGUAGUCAUUCAGCAGAAGGGGGCAAGCACGCUAGAGUGAAAGAAAAGGAAAGAGAACAUGAACGUCGGAAGCGGCAUCGAGAAGAACAGGACAAAGCCCGCCGAGAAUGGGAAAGACAGAAGAGGCGGGAGAUGGCGAGAGAGCAUUCCAGGAGAGAGAGGGACCGCCUUGAGCAGUUAGAGAGGAAAAGGGAGCGGGAGCGGAAGCUGCGGGAACAGCAGAAGGAGCAGCGGGAGCAGAAGGAGCGGGAGCGGAGGGCAGAGGAGCGGCGCAAGGAGCGUGAGGCCCGGAGGGAAGCCGUUUCUGCUCAUCACCGCACCAUGAGGGAGGACUAUGGCGAGAAGGGAAAAGCAAGCCACUGGAGUCGCAGCCCUCUGCGGCCGCCUCGAGAGAGGUUUGAGCUGGGAGACAGCCGAAAGCCAGUGAAAGAAGAGAAAAUGGAGGAGAAAGACCUGCUCUCUGACUUACAGGACAUCAGCGACAGCGAGCGGAAAACCAGCUCAGCGGAAUCCUCUUCAGCAGAGUCCGGUUCUGGAUCAGAAGAGGAAGAAGAGGAGGAGGAGGAAGAGGAAGAGGAGGAGGAAGGGAGCAGCAGUGAAGAAUCGGAAGAGGAGGAAGAAGAAGAAGAGGAAGAGGAAGAAGAGGAGGAGGAAGAGACUGGCAGCAACUCGGAGGAUGCCUCUGGGCAGUCAGCUGAAGAAGUGAGUGAAGAGGAGAUGAGCGAGGAGGAAGAGCGAGAGAAUGAAAACCACAUCUUAGUUGUUCCAGAGUCGAGAUUUGAUCGUGAUUCUGGGGAGAGCGAGGAAGGAGAAGAAGAAGCGGGAGAGGGCACCCCACAGAGCAGCGCCUUAACGGAAGGGGACUUUGUGCCUGACUCCCCUGCCCUGUCACCCAUUGAGCUCAAACAGGAGCUGCCCAAAUACCUACCUGCCUUGCAGGGCUGUCGGAGCGUGGAGGAGUUCCAGUGCCUGAACAGGAUCGAGGAGGGCACCUACGGGGUGGUGUACAGAGCCAAGGACAAGAAGACAGAUGAGAUUGUGGCUCUGAAGCGACUGAAGAUGGAGAAGGAAAAGGAGGGCUUCCCCAUCACCUCACUCAGGGAGAUCAACACCAUCCUUAAAGCCCAGCACCCCAAUAUCGUCACUGUCAGAGAGAUCGUGGUGGGCAGCAACAUGGACAAGAUCUACAUCGUUAUGAACUAUGUGGAGCACGACCUCAAGAGCCUGAUGGAAACCAUGAAGCAGCCUUUCCUGCCAGGAGAGGUGAAGACACUGAUGAUCCAGCUGCUGCGUGGGGUCAAACACCUGCACGAUAACUGGAUCCUACACCGAGACCUCAAGACGUCCAACCUACUCCUGAGCCACGCUGGCAUCCUCAAGGUGGGCGACUUUGGGCUGGCUCGAGAGUAUGGCUCUCCUCUGAAGGCCUACACCCCAGUCGUCGUGACCCUGUGGUACCGUGCCCCAGAGCUACUGCUAGGUGCCAAGGAGUACUCCACUGCCGUGGACAUGUGGUCAGUGGGCUGCAUCUUCGGGGAGCUCCUCACUCAGAAGCCACUGUUCCCCGGGAAGUCGGAUAUUGACCAGAUCAACAAAGUCUUUAAGGACCUGGGGACCCCCAGUGAGAAGAUCUGGCCGGGCUACAACGACCUUCCUGCAGUCAAGAAGAUGAGCUUCACCGAGUACCCCUACAACAACCUGCGCAAGCGCUUCGGGGCUCUGCUCUCAGACCAGGGCUUCGACCUCAUGAACAAGUUCCUGACCUACUUCCCUGGACGGAGGGUCAGUGCAGAGGACGGACUCAAACAUGAGUAUUUCCGAGAGACCCCCCUCCCCAUCGACCCCUCCAUGUUCCCCACAUGGCCUGCCAAGAGUGAGCAGCAGCGGGUCAAGCGGGGCACCAGCCCUCGGCCCCCAGAGGGCGGUCUGGGCUACAGCCAGCUGGGGGAAGAUGACCUGAAGGAGACGGGAUUCCACCUCACCACCACCAACCAGGGGGCCUCAGCCGCCGGCCCUGGCUUCAGCCUCAAGUUCUGAGCUUCUUCAGCCCAGAGCCCACAAGGCUCUACACACACCAGUCAAGGCCCUGGGGCCGCUGAGGGUGGCCUGGUACUUCAUGCCACUGCCAUCUGCCUGGAGCAGCGCAGCUCUUGGACUGCGGGAUUUGGUUUUCACAUUUCUUUCUUACUGCCUGUGGGCCUGUAAAUGUGUAGAAUUAAGCCACAUCUCCUCCGUGUGGAAGCAAAGGAUGUAUUUUUUCAGCUGAGACGGGCUGGCCCGCCAGAGGCCCAGAGAGGGCCUGAUGGACUGAACUUCGGGCCUUCCCGGAGCCCAGAGCUGAGCCCAGAGGGCCACCUGGUUUUGUAUAAGUUCGUCGUGUUCCAAAAUGUAGUAAAGUUUCUCAGAGGAAA